AUGUUGGUUGAAAGGCAUCACUCGACGAGCGAGCAGACCACAAACAAUGUCGACAUUGCUCUCCCCACCAUCACCACCGCCAUGCCGUCGUCGUCCGCGCCGUCGUCGUCGCAGUACACCGUCCUGCGCAUCAAGCGCAAGGCGACCGAGGCGGCCCCAGCGUCGUUGGCAGUGAUUGGCGGCGGCGAUGAGGCCGACCAGAGCCAGACGAGACGCAAGCGGCGCGACAUUGGCGGCGGGCGCUCGCGCGGCGUCUUCCGCCUCGCGGACACGGUGCCGCAGACGUGGCAGGGCCAUGGCGAGGAGGGCGAGGUGCUGAAAUCCCGCAUCGAGGGCCUCCUGGCCGGCUCGACAAAGCCCGAGGCGCAGGCCUCCACAGCGGGGAGCGUUGCCCCGCCGGCAUCGGUGCCGAUCCCCACGGCGCCAGCAGCAGCGCCAACACAGCCACCAUCAGCAGCGACACAAUACCGCGUCGUCCCCCGCCCCGCGGCGCCGUUCGCGCAAGACCCCGGGCUGCCGCCGCGCGUGAUCACGCUCGCUGAGAUCGAGGCGGCGCGGAGCGCACUCGUGCUCGUCGACGCGCAGGCCGUGGCGGACGCCGGGCUGUCACGGUCGGCGCUCGACGACCCGCAGAUGGCGGCGUUUCUGCCCAUGCUCAACGAGUACCUUAAGCUCGAGAGCACGCCACGCCCGAUCGUAGAGGACGAAGAGUACGUCUACGACCUGUACUACCGCGACCUUGCCGCCAACGGGGACGACAUCGAGCCGUCGGCCAACGUCGCCACGCUGCUCGGGUACGAGGACCUGUCGCCGCCGUCGACGCCGCCCGACUCGGAGCCCGAGGACGAGGCAGACGAGGACAGCAACGACGAAGACUACUACCGCAACGACUACCCCGAGGACGAGGACGCCGACGAGGACAUGGAAGACUUUGAGGACGCAUACUCUGAUGGCGAGUGGAGCAACAACGACGACGACGAGGAGGACGAGCGCGGCACGUGGGACUACCGAUAGGCGGUUCGAGCGGCGCGAGGCGCGAGGCGACCCCAAGGGCGUGUCGAUCGUGUGCUCUGCAAGUCGCAGCGUGUGAUUACCCGCAGUGUGCGAACGGUGCAGAAGCACAUUUGAGACGACGCCAGCCGAACAGACCAGACCAGACUUAGAACAUCAGCAUCCAGCUCGCACCAGUUUCUUGACACACAUCCGGGGCCAGAGCGCCCACCACGCAGGCAGGCUCACUCCCGCACGAGCCUUGCAGCUAUCUCUAACAUUACUGUAUGCAUAU